GGCACCCGACCGGAGCGCAAGGACAGCUGGUUGGCGGCGGGGGGGCUUGAAUUAUAGAGAGAAUUUGAUUUUUUUUUAAGAAAAAAAGAAAAACAAAAAUAUAUUAUAUAAAUAUAUAUAUUAAAAAAAGAGAAGAACUUCGAAAGGAGUGUUCACUCUGGGAACAAAGGUAGGAGAAUUUAUUAAUUAUAGGCGAAUAUCAGAACGCAAGAAGAGGCAAUAGCAGAGGAGGCUAUACUGCAGGAAGGAAGGAGGGAGAACAACAAAAGAAAACUGAACUUUCCUGGAUGUGUGGACUUCUGGGCAUCAGCUAACUGCAGUAGGUCAGAUAGAUGGUUUGUCCACAGAGCUGCGCGGAUCAUGAACGCACAGCUGUCGAUGGAGAAUAUAGGCGACCUGCAUGGAGUGAGCCAUGAGUCCGUGGGCGGUCACGGAGAGCUGCUGAGUGGCCACAGUCCGCAUACCCGUCCGAGCCAUCGGGGUCUGAGCCACCGCGCCAUGGGCAUGGCGACCCUGCUGGACAGUGGAGACUAUCACCCCAGCCAUCCCGGACACUUGCAUCCCGCCAUCAGCAUGUGCGACGCGCCCCCCGGCAUGAGUGCCAGCACCACCUACACCACUCUCACCCCCCUGCAGCCCCUGCCCCCCAUCUCCACCGUGUCCGACAAGUUUUCUCCCCAUCACCACCACCACCACCAUCCCCAUCAUCCUCACCCGCAUUCCCACCAGAGGAUCCCGGGGAAUGUGAGCGGCAGCUUCACGCUGAUGCGAGAGGACCGGAGUCUGGCGCCCAUGAACAGUCUGUAUCCCGCAUAUCAUCACAAGGAUCCGUGCAUGGGCCAGAGCCUGUCCCCGCUGUCCGGCUCCGGGCUGGCCAGCAUCCACACGUCCCAGGCCGGCAUCCCUCCCUAUGCUCAUCCCGGGGCCGCCAUGCCCGGGGAGAAGAUGCUCACGCCCAGCGGGUUCGAGGCUCACCAUCCGGCCAUGCUCAGCAGACACGAGCAGCACAUGAGCUCCUCCGCGGGCAUGGUGCAGAUCAACGGCCUGCACCACCACCCGCACGCCCACCUGGGCGCGCAGGGGCACGGACAGGGGCUGGGGAACGGCCGGGAGCAGGCCUCCGGGCCCGGGCAGCAGGGGGGCGGCGCUGGAGGAAAUGGGGUUUCUGGGGGACAGAUGGAGGAGGUGAAUACCAAAGAGGUGGCGCAGAGGAUCACCACGGAGCUGAAGCGCUACAGCAUCCCUCAGGCCAUCUUUGCCCAGCGGGUUUUGUGCAGGUCUCAGGGGACCCUGUCCGACUUGCUGAGGAACCCCAAGCCCUGGUCAAAGCUCAAGUCCGGCAGAGAGACCUUCCGCCGCAUGUGGAAGUGGCUGCAGGAGCCUGAGUUCCAGCGCAUGAGUGCGCUCAGGCUCGCAGGUGAGCGAAGCCUCGCGUGCAAGCGGAAGGAGCAGGACCACGGCAGAAACGAGCGGGGCAACGCCACCAAGAAGCCCCGGCUGGUGUUCACAGAUGUGCAGCGGCGGACGCUCCACGCCAUCUUUAAGGAGAACAAGCGUCCGUCCAAAGAGCUGCAGCUCACCAUCGCCCAGCAGCUGGGCCUGGAGCUGGCCACAGUCAGCAACUUCUUUAUGAACGCGCGUCGCCGGAGCCUGGAUAAGUGGGUGGACGACGGCUCUGGUCAUUCAGUCAACUCUGGCCCUAAUGCCUGCACCAAAGCCUGAAGUCGGACUGGUUUGACCAACUCAUGGACUCACUCAACCUCGGUGGAAAAGCUUUAAAACUUAAAAGAAACAAAGAAAACUUAAAGAGACCUUGAAGCAACGUUUUGCCCUUAAAUCUGUACUAUAUUGAUAUUUAUAGUAUCCAAAGAUGAAAAAACAAACCAAAGACUUCUUGUUUGACUUGCUUUAAAAUGUUUGUUUCAGCAACACAUUUAUGUGUAACAUACUGCAAAAGACUAUAGUUUCACUCCCCCUCACACAUGCACACACAUACAUACACACACACACACACACACUGGUCUUUAGCUUUACUGCACCCCUCACCUCCCCACUCUGCAUCAAUCUUUCACUGGCCAUCCUUAUCUUCAAUCGUAUUGGUUGGUUUUAAUGAUGGGUCCUAAAUGGAGGUUUAAUCAGCCUAUUGGGAGUCCAAUCUGCAGCUGUCCACAGCCUUGAAAAACAAGGACGAAUGUGGAGUUCUGGUGGGAUGGCCAAUCACCUUUUAGAGAAAAACAAAUCCUGCAGGAGCUACCAGAAUGUUUUGCAACCUUGUUUGGAUAGGUGGCAUGGACUGUCUGACCGUAUGCCUGUCUGUGUGUCUAUCAGUCUGUCUGUGCAGUUGUCUAUCUUUCUGUCAAGCUUUCCAGACAGAUGGGGAAAUGAUCAUAAAGUAAACUGCUAACCCAAAACCAAAAGCCCAAC